CGCGAGGGCUGGGGCACGCUCGGCCCCGAGGGAGGGCAGGCCUGUCCGGGCGCGCAGGCUGAGCAGAGCGGCGGCAUGCUCGCACUCGGGGAAGGAGACCGCCUGGGACUCGGGGACCUGUCGGGUCUGCGGUCCCGCCCCGUGCCCGAGGGCCGCAGACGGGCACGGUUUGGACCUCCCCAAAACUCCUUUCACAGGGACCAGCACGGCUUGCCGAGGUGACACAAACCAGCUCCCUUCCCCCCCACCGCAGUGACUUUUGCUGGGAGUGGAGCAGUGGGCCCGGCCAGCCUCUUCUCUCGCCGAUGCCGCCCUCGGCCGGGUCAGAGGACCGGAGGCAGCCAUGCCUCCCCCCGCCCCAGCUGCGCCUUCCCCACCGAGCUAACCCGCACAGCGUGCUCGCCCUCGGGUCCCCCGAGGACUGAUCGCCUGACCUUGCUUCACACCCCCAGUGACGACUGCCCCAAGAUGUCGCUAGAGUGGCUGGUGGCCUGGAGCUGGUCGCUGGAUGGCCUUCGGGACUGCAUCGCCACCGGCAUCCAGUCAGUGCGGGACUGCGACACCACGGCCGUGGUCACGGUGGCCUGCCUGCUGGUCCUGUUCGUGUGGUACUGCUACCACGUGGGCAGGGAGCAGCCCCGGCCGUUCGCGGCCGUCAACUCCCUCAUGCAGGCCGCCGGGGCGGACGCGGACGGGCUGCAGAACGGCUACGCGUACUGCCAGGCCCCCGAGUGCGUGCGCUGCGCCCACAACGAGGGCCUCAACCAGAAGCUCUACCACAACCUGCAGGAGUACGCCAAGCGCUACUCCUGGUCCGGCAUGGGCCGCAUCCACAAGGGCAUCCGCGAGCAGGGCCGCUACCUCAACAGCCGGCCCUCCAUCCAGAAGCCCGAGGUCUUCUUCCUGCCCGACCUCCCCACCACGCCGUAUUUCUCCCGGGACGCGCAGAAGCACGACGUGGAGCUGCUGGAGAGGAACUUCCAGACCAUCCUGUGCGAGUUCGAGGCCCUCUACAAAGCCUUCUCGAACUGCAGCCUCCCACAGGGCUGGAAGAUGAACAGCACCCCCAGCGGGGAGUGGUUCACCUAUUACCUGGUCAACCAGGGGGUGUGCGUGCCCAGGAACUGCAGGAGGUGCCCACGGACGUACCGCUUGCUCGGCAGUCUUCGGACCUGUAUUGGGAACAAUGUUUUUGGGAACGCGUGCAUCUCCAUGCUGAGCCCCGGGACCGUGAUAACGGAGCACUAUGGACCCACCAACAUCCGCAUACGGUGCCACUUAGGUCUGAAGACUCCAAACGGCUGUGAGCUGGUGGUGGGGGGAGAGCCCCAGUGCUGGGCAGAGGGCCGCUGCCUCCUCUUCGACGACUCCUUCCUGCACACCGCGUUCCACGAAGGCCCAGCGGAGGACGGCCCACGGGUGGUUUUCAUGGUGGACCUGUGGCACCCGAACGUGGCGGCGGCCGAGCGGCAGGCCCUCGACUUCAUCUUCGCCCCGGGACGGUGAGAGCGCGGCCGAGCGGGGACCGGGGCGAGGGCCGAGCGAGCCGGACGCACCGUGGCACCGUCGGCCCAUGUCGCAAUGCCACGCUCAGAAACCUGCCUCCACGGAGAGCUCUUGCCCGGGCUUUUCACGUCCUGCCGGGUCCCUCCCUCCUCUGGUUGUUGUAAAUGGAAACUUUCCGGCUUGUAUUUCCUUAGGUUUCUUUUCUUUCUUUCUUUCUUUCCUCCCAAUCAUUUGCUUCUGAGAUUCUUUUCUGGCCUUAGCAGCGCGUCUUGACUCUGCGAACGGAGACUCGGCGCCCUUGUAAGUCUGUGUUUUGUCGCCGCUUGUUUUCUCGAGUUUUCUGAAAUACAGCAGCCAAAUGGUUAUUUGUCUGAAUGUAAUAGCGUAGAGCUUCUUGUGGUCAUCGUAAAAGAGAAAAACCCUAAAAACUGCAAACCAGAGAGCUAUAGAACCUGACCCCUGAUGCUUGGCGCCCAGGGGACCCUUCAGCCCCUCCAGGGCGGGGGACAGUCUGCAGCCCCCGCAGCCGGCGGCUUCAGUAGCGGCCGGAGAGGCUGCCGGACACGGUCGGGGUGGUGCACAGCGUCCGGGCCCAGGGGAACUGUCACCGUCGCUCACCUCACCCCAACCCCUGUCAGGUCCCUGGUGGCAACGGCAUUCGGCCCGUGGGACUGGCGGCUGACCUUUCCACUCGGCUUUCCUACAGAGCCGAAGCCAGUGUCCCCAAGAGCCAACCUGCAGCUCGCGCCGGUCAGCCACGGAACGUGCGAUCCGCUUACCUCACUGCCUACAGAAGCCCU